GCAAAUUGUGCUAUCCUCGAUGCAAUAGAUCUGGCCGAGAAAUUCGUACAUCAAAUCCGAUCAUGCCAUCAACUCGAUGUCAUGAACUGGAGACAUGUGCAGCGGAGAACGUGAAGCGAAGACUGAGAGAGCGGAAACGAAGUGGACUCAUCCAGAGCUUCAUCUAUUUUGGGGAUAACGUACUGGAGGAAUUUCGCUACGAGCGGGGAUUGGGUGGAUCGAUGACCCCCGAGCAAAGAACUUUUAUUCCAGCACUCAGUCGAUGACUUAAUUACAUACAUUUUGUUGCAGUAUAUCCAUAUAACAAAGCUUGUUUUGGCAAGCGCGAGAGGGACGAGAUCCAGAUGGCUUCAAAUAAUUAGAGGAGAUUCUGUUCAGUCAUCCUGCGAUGGACAUGAGAUAUAUAAAUAAAAAUUUAUGGAGGGUUGAACAAUG